GGUCUAUUUCAGCUGCCUGGGAAGCGCCUCUAUAAGUAUAUCAGGCACGACACUUCCGCCCUGGGCCGCAAGCAUUGCUGGGAGAUGUAGUGUUAGGGGCUCUCUGUUGGGUGCGGCAAAGCUGGUCAUAAAACAGCCCCAGAGCACGUGAGUUAGGCUUCAAUGUAAAUAUUAUAAUAAAUGUGUAUAUUUGAUUAAUAACUACAGGAGACGGAGAGGAUUGAAUUAUAUUCUAACACACAUUCUAACAAACAAAUAAUUAUAAUCGAUGAGUUCAUAAGUAUAACUAUUAUAGUAUUAGACCAUGUUGUAUUUUACUGAUUCAUCAUAUUCCUUACACGAUUUAACUUACAAUAAUAUGAGUUACAAGUUAAAUAACAAGGUACUUAUAAAUAAUAAUUAUACUUUAUUUAUAGAGCACUUUUCAACAUAAAGUACAAAGUGCUCUAUGCAGAAAACGAAUGGUUAAAAUAGAUAAUUAUACUGAAGAAUGACUUAAAUAUAAUACAAAUAAUCGUAAUAAAAGCCUAAUGAUUUUCAUUCUGUGAAAACAAUAAUUGUAAUGGGCUAUCAAACUUUGUAUUUAAUUAUUUGCUUUGUUAAUGAUUGUCUUGUGAACGACGGCCAGAUUAUUUAAGAAUAUUCUUUCUGCUGCUUUUUUAUUAAUAUUUGAGAAUGUGUGUUUGUUUUUAAAUAGUUUUCUUCGGUCAAUGAAUGAAAUAUACUUAUAUAUCUGUAGUUCAACCUAUUAUCAGUAGUUAUGUCAACAACCUUUAUUUGAUUUCCAAGUAGUUUGCAAAGUGGUUUCUGGGAACGUGUGAUCAGUGUUGACAAGUCGGCUGAUCAAUUAUCAAUCAUCAGUAUGGUCUGAAGUCUGGCAAUCAUAUUUUGUUCUGUGGCUUUCCACCACAAUAAAAUAUGUAUAUUUUAAAUUUAUUCGUUUAUUUUUUCACUUGUUAAUAACUAUUAUUGAUUAGUUUUGUUUGGUGGUACAUUGGUAUCAGUUUUAAUAUGAGAAAACCCUCCUUCUGUCUCCAUAUAACAGGAAAUAUGAUGUGGUCUGUUUAAGGACCUUGGAGAACUCCGCUGUGCAGCAGAGCGCACCUCAGAUGGUGAAUCUGGACCGUGCGUAAACUACGUAUCAUGCGCACGGAGCGGCCAAACGCCACAGUGGCUGCGCUGCUUUGUCUUCGCCCUUCCUUGUUCUGGUUGUGAUUGUUUACUUCUUCAGCCCGCAUCGCUUUUUGCUCCCAUCACCUCCUCGCCUCUCCUCCUCUCCGCCGGGACAUCGGGGGUGUUAUGGAGGCUGCAGGGGACAUUUAGAGUCAUGCUGUGCGCUUCGUAUAGCUUCUCAUCCUUCUUGCCCUGGUAAGAUGACAACACCGCGUCGUGCGUAUCCCUUGCACCUUUCUCGAGCCUGAGCUUGUUUUCCACAGAUGAACGUGCAGUGAUGUACCAAUCUUGUAUGUGGCUGAGCAGCGCCGGGGCGAUACAAGACGCGCAUGUUGUUAUUUCAUCUCCAUGCUGCAGAUCGGGUUUCAGUGGAUUGGCCGAGCUAAAUGCCACUCACUGCACUCCCCCCUGCCUGCAUGGUAUAAACAGCAUGGCCAGCGCACAUUCCGGUGGCUCUAAAUAUAUCUGUUAAGGCCACAGGAGGAGGAGGUGGGGGUGCUGGGAGGUUUAUCCUGGGACAUUUCCCCGGCGUGGUCGACCCGCACCCACUUGAAUUAUCUCCCGGAAGAUUGACAAUCGGCUGUCGCGUCCACAGAGGCGAACUUGGCCCCAUCCAGACAUGCCCUCCACUAACAAUGCGCGGUCCAGGGCGCGGGAGAGAAACAACGUCCUGAGCAGACCUGAAUUCAUGUCCUUGAACCAACCGCUCCCCCGCGGCCCCGGCCCCUCCGAGAGCCGAGGCAGCGCCCGGCGACCGGGCCAAAACAAGCCGCAAGCAAGCCAGCCGAGCGAGGAACCUACCGACACUGGCAGCAAGAUGCCGGAGGAGGACUGCAUGCAGCUGAACCCUUCAUUCAAGGGAAUCGCCAUCAACUCCCUUCUCGCCAUUGACAUCUGUCUGUCCAAGCGCAUGGGGGUGUGCGCCUACACGUCGUCCUCGUGUGGAGGCUGCCGCUCCAUGGUCACCCUCUUAGCGCUCACUGGGCACGGCAUCACGUGGAUCAUUGGCACUAUCGUGUGCCUCACACGGAGUAACACUCUGGCUGGACAAGAGGUCCUGGUCAACCUGCUGCUUGCCCUCAUCCUUGAUGUCAUGACGGUGGCUGGAGUCCAGAGACUGGUGAAGCGCAGGGGUCCCUGGGAGAUGAUGCCGGGCUUAAUGGACUGCAUCGCCAUGGACCUCUACUCCUUCCCGGCAGCUCACGCCAGCCGAGCCGCUCUGGUCUCCAAGUUUUUGCUGUCCCACCUGGUGCUGGCUGUGCCGCUUCGCAUCCUGCUGGUGCUGUGGGCCUUCCUGGUGGGCAUUUCGCGGGUGCUGCUGGGGAAGCACCACCUCACCGACAUGGUGUGCGGCUUUGCGCUGGGCCUGCUCCACUUCAGCCUGAUGGAGUCGGUGUGGCUGUCAUCCAGCACCUGCCAGACUCUCAUUUCAAUAAGCACAUUCAGCUGGAGCCCUUUGAUCUGAGCUCCUGAUAAAAAGCUAUGCUUGCACGCUAGGCAUAUUUGAUACACUAACCCUGCUAUAUGAAGGACUUCGAAAGGUUUUCUAAGUAAUUUUUCUAAGGGUCUAAAGUUGCAGGCUGUGAAUGGGGAAGCACUAAUAUCUGGAUGCACAUGCUGGCUUGCAUGUAUUGCUUCACAAACACUAGUAUCCCCAGUCAGGCCUCUACUGCUUCUUCAUAGUAAAGGGAAAAUAUGGCGACUGCAAACUGACAAUAAUUUGGUUUAAGAAUUUUCCCUCUAUUUAAAUCUUUGAUUGACAUACAGUAUGAAAGCUGGUACCGUUCAUGUAUAACUGAACCUCUUUUCACUCGGCUCUGUUUUAAACUGUUGUGCCUCCUUCUCUUCACAAUCUUACUUCUCCUUUCUUCCGCUCUGUAACAUCUUCCUCUUUUCUCUAAGUAUCAAGGGUUCUUUGCUUUCAUUUUAGGUUAGUGAAAUACUUGCACCAAGUGAAACCCUGAAUAGAGUUCAGUGUAGGGCUGUAAUAUUGGAUAUGACACUAGAAUACAUGAAGUGACUAUUGUUGGAUAUUCCAUAUUGUUUCUAAUUGGCAUGACUUAAGAUAUUUGUGUAUUUCUGAUGGGAUCCUGAAUCUGUUUACCGUAUGUUAUGUUAAAUAUUAGGUUAUUUUUGCGUUAAACUAAUUUCACAUAAUUUUUUUUUUUUUAACUCGGUCAAAUAUAAUUUCAUUCAUAGCCAUUUACAGUGUUCUUUAAUGAGUUGAAAACAAAAACAUAUUUUCAUUGCUGUCUGCACUUCAGCCUAACAGAUGUUUUUGGUUUGACAGAGACCAUGUAAGUGAUUCUAUGCCCCAAUAAACAACCUAAGCGUGAACACUAUGUGUGCGCGGAUGCAAAGCAUCGGUGUGAAGAGCUGUUUUUAAGAGAUUUUGCCAUUAUUUUCUAAAUGUGUUUUUAUAGACACCUGAAAGACACAAUAUCUUUUACUUUGUUAUUCUCCGAGUAUUUCAGUGCAGUGGUAUGCUGUGUAAAUACUGUACAUUAGUUCAGUUUGAUCUGCACAGCGAUCUUUAUUUCAUGUUUUGAAUUAGUUUCUUUUCCAUCUUAUUAAUAAAAUGUGGACUGUCGGUCACAUGGCGACGCAUUAUAUUGAAUACAGAAAAAUUUGGAACGCCGGUAAACUGUUAAACCUCACAUGGUGCAACACAACUCUUUCUUCCAGUCAUUUGAAUGUUUAGUCCAUUAAAUAAUACAAAUGUAGAAAUAAAUGCAUUCUGAUGAUGGCAUGGGAUCAGAAUACAAGAUAAGAUAGAUUUGACCUGUGAGCUGAGUUUAUACAGUGGAUUGCUUGUGAGCCAUUGAAUUGCACAGAACUUGCGACAUGGAGCCUCAGUGGUUUGUUACCAACAGAUAUGGUUUCAGUUUAGGCCUCACGGUUGCCUAGUAACUGAACUGCUUUGACUCUUAAGACGAAGUCACUAAGUGAUAGAGAUUUGAUCCCGGCAGCAAACGGUUCAUGUAUUUUAUUGCAACAGUAUUUUGCAAUGGGCUCUCAGACUUGUUGACUCCAAUGUGAUUCAUUAUCAUUGAAGCUGUGUGUCUUCUCCGCGUCGGCUUUCCUGUCACACUUCUCUGACCACAGGCAAUCUGACAGGAAACAGCACCUGUGCAUUGGUGUGUGUGUCUGUGCGUCUGUGUGUGUCCUGAAAACCCUCUCUGGCUGAGAGAGUCGGACGGUAAGAUAUUCAAUAUCUUUCGCUGAAUUUUCAACAGUCAGUCAUUUCUUAUGUGUUGCCUGGCUAUGCACAGUUAAUGACCAGAAUACAUUGUUGCAAAUAUCUGAGGAAUAUUUCCAGACGGUUCCUCCGCUGCCUGAAGAGGAAGCCGUUACUUUUUGCAUGUGGAGAUACACACUUGACAAACUUUAUCCUGGAAAUCCAACACCAUCAACAUCAAGGACUAUGCCAUUGAACUUUAUAUUUAAGGACUUUUCCCUUUGGUUUCUCAAGAUGAAAUAAAACUUGACUACUCCUCA